CAGGACCCGGAUGUUGCCGCGGAGGAGGGUCAGUUGCAGUUCCGGGUCUUCUGCGAGAUGGAUUUGGGGGCAGCGCAAGAGGGGAAUCCGCCCCUGGAGCGGGAAGGGGUCCAGUUCCUUCAGCAGACAGUGGGCUCACUUUUUGCAGACUAUGGGUGGUACAUCCUCCUCAGUUCCGUUGCGAUCUAUCUGCUUAUACAAAAGCUCUCGCGAAGCUUUCGAGGCAAGACGCAGCCCCGCUUGGAUGCAGCAGCUGUUGAACCCGAUGCUGUGGUGAGACGACAGGAAGCUCUGCUCGCAGCCCGUCUGCGCAUGCAAGAAGAGUUGAAUGAGCAAGCAGAAAAAUUCAAAGAAAAACAGAAGAAGGCUGAAGAAGAGAAGAGAAGGCAGAAGAUUGUCAUGUGGGAAAGCAUGCAGGAAGGCAAAAGUUAUAAGGAGACCCUGAAACAGAAUCAGGAACCUGAGCCUGGAGCAUCUGCAGCGGCUGCUGCCCCAAAACCAAAACCCAACAGGAAACCUUUGCGAGGUGCUGGUUACAACCCCCUUUCUGGAGAAGGUGGCGGGACUUGUUCGUGGAGACCAGGGCGCCGCGGGCCUUCCUCAGGUGGAUGAGGCUAAUUCUGCCGGUGCUGUCCAUCGACACCGGCAGGCAUUAACUUAACUCCACAACUGUAGCUGUCUGUGGGCUGCUUGGCACAGGGACUUUGGGUGGGGGGCUGUUUUUAGCACUGUAACAGGUGGGAUUCAGCUACUGAAUCCUGUCUGCAGAAGCCCUGAGCAGGUACUUUUAGUUUGCACAUUGGGGCAUUCCUCCCUCUCUUCCCUCCUUGUGCCCCUUGAAAUUGGCUAGGGGGAGGGGUCAGGAGAACUAUAGGAACAGCGCAUGGGGGGUGGGGAGAUCAUUGCAUCUGGGAAGCAAAAAUGCUUGCGUUGCGUGGAGGAGCGCAACGUUGAAUUUCCAAAACAUUUUAAUGUAGCCAAGCUGCCCAAAAUAAAUGGUGAGCGUUGACAAAAAGCGAUGCUCGCGGGACGGGGCGGACAGUUCCUUUCCUUUCCCAGAGGCCUGGUGGCCAUGGCUUUGCACUUUAGUCUGGAUGACGGGCUUUUCUUUUGAGACGCCUUUUCUGUGAAAUGGGGAUGUUGCCCAUUCUGCCUUGCAAGAGGGCUUGUGACUUAACUUUCUGCUGAGAGUGGUUUGGACUCUGCUGGAGAAAAGCCUGUUUUAAAGGGCAGCGUGUGAUACCCCCCCCCCUUCAAAAGUGAGCUUCAGGCAUCAAAACUGGAAUUUUCUCAAAGUAGCGGAACAAACUGACACUGGGGAAGUGUGCUGGCAAGUUGGUGCAAGUAAUGGUUAGGUAGAACGACACUGCUUUGGGUGUUAGGACCAGGUGGGUUUCCUGCCCACCGUUUCCUAACUGGCUUUUCCACCCAGACUUCCUGCCGGCAAGGUGGUCAGGUAGCAUGAUUGAUGGAUUUGUUUUGAGCUUGGCUCUGAGCAUCACUGAGGAACCUGUGACUUUCAAGAUGCUACUGUCAUGCUCCAACCCCCAUCAGCCCCCAGCAAAACACCACAAAUUCAAAUCUUAACAUAGUCAAAAGACCUCAUAAAGGCACGUUAAAAUGUGAAGAUCACACAACUUUUAACAUACGCCAAAUUAGAAUAUAUGGUACUUAUAUAGACCAAGGACAGGAACAAACCACAAAUGAAAUUAACAAGAGAGUAUUUUAUGGGUCUCUUGCAGUUUAAAAGAGAUUCAGCACCAGUUUCCAUUAUUAUUCCAGUAACGAGGCCGAAUACAAUUCAAAUAUCAUUCCUGGGUAUUUUUAAUAGGAUGAGAGUAAAUAAUCUAUUAUGAUCAUCUCUGUCAAAGUUGCAUACAAAAGCCCCAAGCAUGUGUUAAUGUUUCUGUUGCUCCAUCUCUCCUAUGUAAACAAGGAAAGUAUUGUGUGAGAAACACAUGAAACCAGCCUUCCCAAUCCUGAUGCACUCCAGGUUUUCUGACUCCAACUCCCAUUCAGCCCCAGCCAUCACAGCCAACUGUCAGGGCUGAUGGGAGUUGUAGUCCAGCAACAUCCAGAGGUCCACAGGUUCCCCAGCCCUGCCUUUCGGAGUUUUCAACGUCCACAGUUAUGGAUGCCAUUGUCCCUGUACCAAGCAGCCUUGAAUGAUGCAGUCCUUAUAAAUGGUGAACGUACCACUAAUGGCUGCUGAAACUAGACAGCAAGUGGAGAGUUUUUGCCAUUUCCUCUUUUUAUGUUCUCAGCUUUGUAUGACAAAUAUAUAUAUACUGUAAAUAACAUUACAACAAUUUCUAUAGCUUUUUUCUAUAGAGAAGUAUGUAUUCUAGCUUAAUAGAUGUGUCUCAAGCAAGUAAA